AUGGAUGAACGUACAUAUGUGACCAGAUAUUCAAACUACAAUGAUGUUCCGACUCAAGAAAAGGCUUAUGCUCAUGGCACAAAUCAACACGCCAAUUGGGGGUAUAUUGUUGAGACUACAACAGUUGAGCAUGUUCGAGUCCCAGCUUCCGGGUAUACCAACUUCAGUGGUGGGCGUAAAAAAAAUGAAUUUCUCAAAGAAUAUAUGCCUGCAUAUGCACCUAACAACUAUCAUGAAGGCUAUGAGAUAAACUAUGGGCCGGUUUAUGAAAGCUCUGGCCCUCCCAAUUUCCAGGAACAUGAAGAUGUUAUGAACAACUUUCUCGAAAAACUCCAGCUAGAGGCAAGUCGUCUUACAAAACCUAGCAACAACUCUGGCCCAAAUAGGUACACGCCUACAAUUCCGAAUAAUAAUAGGCCUAAGACCCUAACAUAUGUUUAUCCCUUACAAGACACCCAUUUGACCCAAAAUUUUCCAGGACCAAAUAGAUAUAAACCUUCAAGCCCGACUAAGUACCGACCCUCAAGCCCAAUUAAGUAUCGGCCUUCUAGCCCGAUCAAAUACCGGUCCUCUGAUCCAAAUAGGUACCCCCUAUCUGGCCCGACUAAUUACCCAUCAAAUCCACCAAAGUAUCGACCCUCAAGCCCAACUAAGUAUCGUCCCUCUAGCCCAAUUAAGUAUCAUCAUUCUAGCCCGAACAAGUACCGACCCUCUGAUCUAAAUAGGUACCAGCCUUCUAGCCUGAAUAAGUACCCGUCAAGUCCGCCAAAGUAUCGACCCUCAAGCCCACCUAAGUAUCGUUCCUCUAGCCCAAUUAAGUAUCAGCCUUCUAGCCCCAACAAGUACCGACCCUCUGAUGUAAGUAAGUACCAAAUCUCUGGCCCAAAUAAGUACCCAUCGAGCCCGCCUAAGUAUCGUCCCUCAAGCCCAAUUAAAUAUGGGCCCUCAAGCCCGAAUAAGUACCGGCCCUCUAGCCCGACCAAGUACCGGUCAUCAAGCCCAAGUAAGUAUCAUCCUUCGAGCCCCAUUAAGUACAAGCCUUCAAGCCCAAAUAAGUACAGGCCAACAAGCCCAAAUACGUACCAACCUGCAAGUCUGACACAAAACUAUCCCUCUAAAGGAGGCCACCUUAAUGUGGGACAAAACAUACGAGACCCAAAUAUGUUUCGGUCUACUAGUCCAAUUAAUAACAUUCCAUCCAAAGGUCCGUCACUCGAUACCGAAAGAUUAUAUGUUCCAAAUAAGCAUCAACCGUCAACACAAGGUGGCAAAAUAGAUGGGGUCGGAGCAGGCCCAAAGAAUCUUUGGCAAAGUAUCGGUCUGCCUACUACACGUCAUCCUGUUAUGCCUCCUACCAACAAUAUUGAUGAAGUCGUAAGUUACCAAACAGAAUCUGGGAAUCAUUCACCAAGGUCUGAACCAAAUAGGGUUGGAGAAUUUGAUCAUUUAUCUCCUCAUGUACAACCAGUCCAAACCGAAAAACCGAACCCAAAGCCAACAUUUGGUGGUGGAAUUGCUCGACGUUUUUUCAGAUCAAACACCAUUGAUAGUCAAGAGGCAAUAAAGAAGUACGGUGGUGCUUCUGUUCCAUAA